AUGGUGAAAAUCUGUUGUAUUGGAGCUGGCUACGUCGGGGGCCCUACUAUGGCCGUGAUUGCAUUGAAGUGCCCAUCAAUUAACGUGGCUGUUGUCGAUAUCUCUGUGCCUAGAAUCACAGCGUGGAACAGUGAAACACUCCCUAUUUAUGAGCCUGGUUUGGACGAAGUGGUGAAGAAAUGCAGGGGGAAAAAUCUUUUCUUCAGUAAUGAAGUGGAAAAGAAUGUUGCAGAGGCGGAUAUAGUUUUUGUUUCUGUUAACACUCCAACUAAAACUUCAGGACUUGGCGCUGGAAAAGCUGCUGACCUAACAUACUGGGAGAGUGCUGCACGUAUGAUCGCUGAUGUCUCCAAGUCUUCAAAAAUUGUAGUUGAAAAGUCAACUGUUCCCGUGAAAACAGCAGAAGCGAUAGAAAAGAUUCUGACCCACAACAAUAAGGGCAUUGAAUUUCAAAUCCUUUCAAACCCAGAGUUUCUUGCUGAAGGUACUGCCAUCACCGAUCUUUUGAAUCCUGAUCGUGUCCUUAUUGGAGGCAGAGAAGAAACUCCAGGAGGCUUGAAGGCCAUUCAAACGCUCAAAGAUGUUUACGCUCACUGGGUCCCGGAAGAACGAAUUUUAUGUACUAAUCUUUGGUCCGCUGAGCUGUCCAAGCUUGCAGCUAAUGCUUUCUUGGCACAAAGGAUCUCUUCAGUUAACUCAAUGUCAGCACUAUGUGAGGCCACGGGUGCGAAUGUUUCCCAAGUCUCUUAUGCUGUUGGUAAAGACUCGAGAAUCGGCCCAAAGUUUCUCAAUGCUAGUGUGGGUUUCGGCGGGUCUUGCUUUCAGAAAGACAUCUUGAAUUUGGUGUACAUUUGUGAGUGCAAUGGCCUUCCUGAGGUAGCAAAUUACUGGAAACAUGUUAUAAAGAUCAACGACUACCAAAAAAACCGAUUUGUCAACCGACUUGUUUCCUCCAUGUUUAACACGAUAUCCGGAAAGAAGAUUGCCAUUUUAGGAUUCUCUUUCAAGAAAGACACUGGGGAUACAAGAGAAACCCCAGCUAUUGAUGUGUGUAGAGGGUUGUUAUUGGAUAGAGCUCAGUUAAUCAUCUACGAUCCUAAGGUUCCCGAAGCACAAAUGAUGAGGGAUCUUUCGACACCAAAAUUUGACUGGGACCAGCCGGGUUCAACGUCCCCAGUAUCCGAAGAUGUGAUCACGAAAAACGUGAAAGUUGUUCACAAUGCAUACGAAGCUACCAAGGAUUCCCAUGCCAUUUGUAUCCUUACCGAGUGGGAUGAGUUCAAAAGUCUUGAUUACCAGAAGAUAUACGACAACAUGCCAAAACCGGCGUACAUAUUUGAUGGUAGGAACGUAGUAGACGUGGCGAAGCUAAGGCAGAUCGGGUUCAUUGUGUACUCAAUCGGCAAGCCGUUGGACCCAUGGCUAAAGGACAUGCCUGCCAUUGCUUGA